CGCGCCCCUUUCAUCAAAAACAUAUCUCUCUCAUACCAAGUUCCAAAAAAAUACCUAAAAUCUCCUUCCAGUUUUUCAUCAAUUUAUCAAAAAAAUGUCAGGAAGAGGAAAGGGAGGAAAAGGAUUGGGAAAGGGAGGAGCAAAGAGGCACAGAAAAGUAUUAAGAGACAACAUUCAGGGAAUCACUAAGCCUGCAAUUCGGCGUUUGGCUCGUAGGGGAGGGGUGAAGCGCAUUUCUGGUUUGAUUUACGAGGAGACUCGUGGAGUGUUGAAGAUAUUUUUGGAGAAUGUGAUUCGUGAUGCUGUGACUUACACUGAACACGCUAGGAGGAAGACUGUCACUGCCAUGGAUGUUGUUUACGCACUCAAGAGGCAGGGUAGGACCCUUUACGGAUUUGGGGAACAACCAUCUAUAUAUAAAGCCCGACUCCUUACGCUCUUUUCAAAUCAACCGUAUUUCUUCUCAAUUCAAAUUCAAAAAUCCCCAAAAUCUAGUUUCAAAAUGUCAGGAAGAGGAAAGGGAGGAAAAGGAUUGGGCAAAGGAGGAGCUAAACGACACCGUAAGGUGCUCCGUGAUAACAUCCAGGGAAUCACUAAGCCUGCAAUUCGGCGUUUGGCUCGUAGAGGAGGAGUGAAACGUAUUUCUGGUUUGAUUUACGAGGAGACACGAGGGGUUUUGAAGAUAUUUUUGGAGAAUGUGAUUCGUGAUGCUGUGACUUACACUGAGCACGCUAGGAGAAAGACUGUUACUGCUAUGGAUGUUGUUUAUGCGCUCAAGAGACAGGGCAGGACUCUCUACGGAUUUGGGGGUUAGAUUUGUCAAAUUAGGGUUUUGUGGGGGUAGUGAUUGUAGAUUUGUUCUUUAGUUUCUGAUGUGGAUUAGGGUUGGUUAGUUUUUGUUGAUCUUUGAUAAUGUAAUUCUCCAUUACAUAUUCAAGGACUAGUAAUUGCCCAAAAGAAUCUCAUUACUCAUAUCUUGUUUUCUACA